UACCAGACCGGCAGAAGACGAAACACGUUAGCUUCAGGCUAGCAGCCGCUGCGUCAAUGUGGAGCUGACCCGCCAGCCGAAGGAGCACAUUCAGACAAAUACUAAACGUAUUUUUACACAGCUGAACCUGAGCCGCUAUGCCUCCGAAGAAACCCGCCCCGGCGACGGGGAAUAAAAAAACUCAGGAGAAGAAGAAGGAGAAGAUCAUUGAGGACAAGACAUUUGGGUUGAAGAACAAGAAAGGGGCCAAACAACAAUACAUCAAAAAUGUAACGCAGCAAGUCAAAUACGGACAACAAAGUGCCAGACAGAUUGCUCAGGCCGAGGCCGAGAAGAGCAGCAAGAAGACUGACAAGAAGAAAGAGUUGGACGAACUCAAUGAGUGUUUAAAACCCGUAGUUGCUGCCCAGAAAGUCAGCAAAGGUGUGGACCCAAAGUCGGUGUUGUGUGCAUUCUAUAAGCAGGGCCAGUGCACUAAAGGCGAUAAGUGUAAGUUCAGCCAUGAUUUGUCCAUGGAGCGGAAAUGUGAGAAAAGAAGCGUCUAUGUGGACGAGCGUGACGGAGAUCUGGAAAAAGACACCAUGGAGAACUGGGAUGAGAAGAAGCUGGAGGAGGUGGUCAACAAAAAGCACGGAGAGGCUGAGAAGAAGAAAGCCAAAACGCAGAUUGUGUGCAAGUAUUUCCUGGAGGCCAUAGAGAACAAUAAGUACGGCUGGUUUUGGGUGUGUCCAGCAGGGGGCGAUAGCUGUAUGUAUCGGCACGCUCUGCCUCCAGGCUUUGUGUUGAAGAAAGACAACAAGAAGGAGGAGAAAGAGGAGGAGAUCUCACUAGAGGAGCUGAUAGAGAAUGAGCGUGCUUCUCUCGGGCCUGAUGUGACUCGGAUUACCCUGGAGACUUUCCUGUCGUGGAAGAAGAGGAAAAGGCAGGAGAAGGUGGACAAAGCUCAAGCAGAGAUGGAGAAGAAGAAAGCGGACUUCAAGGCUGGAAUAUCCCUCGUGGUGAGUGGCCGCGAGGUGUUCGAGUUCCGUCCGGAGCUGGUUGAUGAUGACGAUGCCGAGGCCGAUGACACUCAAUACGCCAGUGAAGAAGAUGACAAAGAGGAGAUUAAAGUGACAGAGUUCCAGGACAUAGACAUAUCCCGUUUUGUUCCACAAGAGGUCGACCACACGGGCAUUACUGUCGCAACAAUGGACCGUUUUACUUCCAGGAACAAGACUCAGCCAACGGCAGCAGAGAACGAGGAGCCACUGAACGGAGCCUACGGAUUCAACGUGGAGGCCAACGGCCUGUCGGGAGCGGAGGGAGGCGGGGAGGACGGCGGAGAGGAAGAAGAGGAGGUGCCAGUGGACGAGAACCUGUUCACGGGAGAGGACCUGGAGGAACUGGAUGAAGAACUCAACACGCUGGCGCUGGAAGACUGAGAGGAAUCUACAAAUUUCAGAGACUCAAUAAAGCCUGAUUGUCAUGACAUCA